GCGGCCAAUCAGGGGAGCGGAAGCGGCGCGGCGGCGGUCACGUGAUCGCGAGGGGCACCGCGAUGGCGGCGGAGUGGCUGCUGCUGGCGCUGGCGCUGGCGCUGCCCCCGGAGCGCCCCCAGGCGGGGGAGCCCCGAAAGGUCCAGAUCGGGGUGAGGCGGCGGCCGGAGCGCUGCGGGGAGAGAUCGCGGCGGGGAGACGUGCUGACCCUGCACUACUCGGGCACGCUGGAGGACGGGACCCCCUUCGACAGCAGCCGCAGUCGGGAACAGCCGUUCGUGUUCUCGCUGGGCACCGGACAGGUCAUCAAGGGCUGGGACCAGGGGCUGCUGGGGAUGUGCGAGGGGGAGAAGAGGAAGCUCGUGAUCCCCCCGGAGCUGGGUUAUGGGGACCGAGGGGCCCCCCCAAAAAUCCCAGGGGGGGCCGUGCUGAUUUUCGAGGUGGAGCUGCUGAAGAUCGAGCGGCGCCCGGAGCUUUAGGGGGACCCCAAAACCCCCCAAAUUUCCCCCAAACCCUGCCCCCUUCCCGGCCCCCCCUCCCAAACCCGAGAUUUUGGGGUCCCCCCCUCGAUUUUCUUUGGGACUUUUUGUGGGGAAAGCCCCGCAUUUUGGGGUCAAUAAAGGGUUAAACCGAA